ACACCGCUGGUACAUUGCAGAGAGGCCGGGGGCACCUGGACUGAGACCUCCAAGAGAGACAGACUACAACUUGGCACGUUCCAGGAGGAAGAGUGUCCCUGGCAUUAGGUAUAACAUGGAGCCAGCUGCGUCGGCACCCUUCCGACCGACGCAGCAGGGCUUCCUGAGUAGAAGGUUAAAAAGCUCAAUUAAACGGACGAAAAGUCAACCGAAACUAGAUCGAACAAGCAGCUUUCGUCAGAUCCUGCCCAGAUUCCGGAGUGCAGAUCAUGACAGAACCCGUCUCAUGCAGAGUUUUAAGGAGUCUCACUCCCAUGAGUCUUUGCUCAGUCCCAGUAGUGCAGCGGAAGCCCUAGAUCUGAACCUGGAUGAAGAUUCUGUCAUAAAACCGGUACAUAGCAGUAUUUUGGGUCAGGAGUUCUGCUUUGAGGUAACAACAGCAUCUGGUACCAAAUGCUUUGCUUGCCGAUCUGCAGCAGAAAGGGACAAAUGGAUCGAAAACCUUCAACGAGCUGUCAAGCCCAACAAGGACAACAGUCGGAGAGUCGACAAUGUUUUAAAGCUCUGGAUCAUCGAGGCGAAGGAUCUCCCUCCUAAGAAGCGUUAUUACUGUGAGCUGUGCCUAGAUGACAUGCUGUAUGCCCGCACAACCAGUAAGGUCAAAACGGACAACGUCUUCUGGGGGGAGCAUUUUGAGUUCAAUAAUCUACCUGCAGUGCGCAACAUUAGGGUUCAUCUGUAUAGGGACACUGACAAAAAGAAGAAGAAGGAAAAAACUAACUAUAUUGGGAUGGUGAACAUUCCUAUCACUAGUGUCACAGGACGUCAGUUUGUAGAGCAGUGGUAUCCUGUCAGUCAGCCCACAUCUAGCAAAAGCAAAUCAGGCUGUCCCACCAUCCGCAUAAAAUCACGAUACCAAACUAUGAACAUCCUUCCUAUGGAGCUGUAUAAGGAGUUUGCUGAAUAUGUUACCAACAACUAUCGCAUGUUGUGUGCUGUGCUGGAACCAGUGUUGAGUGUAAAGAACAAGGAAGAGGUAGCCUGUGCUCUAGUACACAUUCUACAGAGUACAGGCAAGGCAAAGGAUUUCCUUUCGGAUAUGGCUAUGUCAGAAGUAGAUCGAUUCAUGGACCGUGAGCAUCUCAUAUUUCGUGAGAACACACUUGCCACAAAAGCAAUCGAAGAAUACAUGAAAUUAAUUGGACAGAAAUACCUCAAAGAUGCCAUUGGUGAAUUUAUCCGUGCCCUCUAUGAAUCAGAGGAGAACUGUGAAGUGGAUCCCAUGAAGUGCUCCUCAUCAACCCUGGCUGAUCACCAGGCUAAUCUCAGGAUGUGCUGUGAACUAGCGCUUUGCAAGAUUGUCAAUUCUCAUUGUGUGUUUCCUAGGGAACUCAAAGAAGUCUUUGCUUCAUGGCGGAUACGUUGUGCUGAACGAGGACGAGAGGAUAUUGCAGAUCGUCUAAUCAGUGCCUCCCUCUUCCUGCGAUUCCUCUGUCCAGCCAUCAUGUCACCAAGCCUCUUUAACUUGAUGCAGGAAUAUCCAGAUGAACAGACCUCACGCACCUUGACCCUAAUAGCAAAGGUUAUCCAGAAUCUUGCCAACUUUUCCAAGUUUGGCAGUAAGGAGGAGUACAUGUGUUUUAUGAAUGAGUUUCUCGAGUUGGAAUGGGGAAGUAUGCAACAGUUCUUGUAUGAAAUUUCUAAUGUGGAUACCAUGACAAAUGCUGGCAGUUUUGAGGGUUACAUCGACUUGGGCAGAGAACUUUCAACAAUGCAUUCGCUGCUUUGGGAGGUCCUGCCACAGCUGAGCAAGGAAGCAUUAAUAAAACUGGGACCUUUACCCCGCCUCCUCAGUGACAUUAGUAUGGCUCUACGGAACCCCCACAUUCAGCGGCAAUCAAGUCAUCAGAGCGAGCGAUUUCCUUCAAAACCUAGUGUGCUCAGAGGGCCUUCCUCUGAUUUACAGUCCUUUAUGGUGCGGGAUUUGAACAGCUCCAUUGAUAUGACACGACUGCCAUCCCCAACAAAGGACAAGGCAUCAAAGGAUGUGUUUUUUGUUACGAGGCCACCCCUUGCACGCUCUUCACCUGCAUACUGCACCAGCAGCUCAGAUAUCACAGAACCAGACCAGAAAAUGUUGAGUGUGAACAAGAGUGUCUCGAUGUUAGACCUUCAAGACAGCCGAAUGAAUAGCAUCUCCAACCUGCAGGCAGUCGGUGAGAUGUUGAACAGUAGUCAGGCAUCAAUUGCUGGAGGACUGAGACCUAAUCGACUUUCACAGGGCAGUGGUUCCAGUAUAGCUGCUGGGCUUCGGCUGUCACAGAUGGGUGUCACAACGGAUGGACUGCCUGCCCAGCAGCUUAGGAUACCCCUUUCAUUUCAGAACCCACUUUUCCAUAUGGCAUCUGAUGGGCCAACUCAGCAUAGAGCACCAGCUGAGUCAAACCCAGAGACCUUUGCACCAUUUCAUGGAUACAGUAAAAGUGAAGAUUUAUCUGCCAGCAAACAGAUCAUUCAUAGCCACAGCUACAGUGAUGACUUUGCUCGACAGAACUCAGAGUUUAGCAAGAGGCAACUGUCUCUACAGGACAAUCUACAGCACAUGCUGUCACCUCCUCAGGUCAAUAUUGGCCCACAGCGCAGGAUUGAUCAGCCCCCACCUUUGCAAAGGGGAAAAUCCCAGCAGCUAACGGUCAGUGCAGCCCAAAAACCACGUCCUUCUAGUGGGAACUUGUUGCAGUCACCAGAGCCCACAUAUGGUCCAGCCCGUCAAAGACAACAGUCUGUUGCAAAAGUGGAUACACCACCUUCAAAGCCAGCCAUCACAAAACAGCAAUCCCACUCACCUGCAACCCUUAAUCCUGUGACACCAGCAUCUGAACGAACAGUAGCUUGGGUUACUAACAUGCCUCAUCUAUCAGCUGAUAUUGAGAGCUCCCACAUUGACAGAGAAGAGUUUAAAUUAAAGGAGUACUCCAAGUCAAUGGAUGAAAGUCGACUGGACAGGGUACGUGAGUAUGAAGAAGAGAUUCAUUCCCUGAAGGAACGUCUUGUAAUGUCCAAUCGUAAACUGGAAGAAUAUGAGAGGCGACUGAUGUCACAGGAGGAGCAGACGAAUAAGAUCCUGUUGCAGUACCAGGCACGACUUGAUGAGAGCGAGAAGCGACUCAGGCAGCAGCAAGAAGAGAAAGACAGUCAAAUCAAGAGUAUUAUUAACAGGUACGGAAAGGGCUAAUAAUGUGUUUAGUGUAAGAGCACAGAAGGGCAGUAUGAGAGCAAUGGCCAGCAGAAAAAUGAGAGAGAAGUAUCCAUGAGAGGGGGAAAGAUAGCCAAGCUGUGUCUAAGUAAGGUGUAUAGGCAGCAUAACAGAAUUAUUACAGAAGGGCAGACUGGAUAUAGCUCUCUGUUACUGCUGAUGCCCUUGAUCUAAUGGUGCUCAGUCUCUAAUAGUAAACACAUUGCUAACCCCUUCCUUUCCUGUUAAUAAUUUUAAUACCUUUCAGAGGACUGUCAGAAUCAGGGUACUGCCUCACUGUGGGUAAGUAAAGAAGUGGUAUGCCACACAAGGCAUCUAGUUUUUCCAUGAAGUUUGGGGUUAGAGUUAGGAUAAGGGUUAGAGUUUUUGUUAACCCUUACGCUAACUCUAACAACUUUCUUCUCACCUGAUAUUCUUUUUGACAUCUGAAGACCACAUUACAUGUCCUGUUUUGA